GUCAGCCCCAGCGUCUUGUUCGCGUCCGUGUUUGCCGGUUUGUUCGUACAAGUGUAAACGUCUUUAAUUAGCAAUUGUUAACGUGUUUCGUUAGUUAUUGCUCUUGUCCGUACCGUUGCGUUCCUCUGCUUUCCUCUGCGUUCCUCUGCGUUCCUCUGCGUUCCUUUGCGAUCCGUUCCGUUCUUUCGUUAUCAGUCGCGUCAGAAGUGCUAAUCGUUUCGCGCUCGUGCUGCUCAAGUGCAAUAGUAAAGAACGAACCAUUACACUCCAAAAUUUUGUUCGGGGCUUAAUCGCCUGCAUCAAUAAAUUAAUUAUCGCUGGGGCUAUCUCCACGUUCCACUUCAGUCGAGUACGUUUAAAGCAUAAAUUAAUAUAAGAGAACAGCCGCGUAAACAAAAAAACAAACAAAAAAAGCUCCAUCAACCCUCCCCCCACACACCCACCCCCCGGUGGCUGCACGGUCCACGGUCCACGGUGCAACGGCAACGGCAAACGGAAAAACUAAUUUAUGGCAUUAAAAAUGCAUAUUUUCUAGCAGUUUCUAUCAUUUGCCACAACUGCUGCUAGAAGGGAGAGAGAGCGCGAUAGAGAGAGGCAAGCGGAACGUUGCCGCUGUAGAAGGAACCUGCCACAUCAGCAGCAGCAGCAGCAGCAGCAGAAACAACAACAACAACACAAGGAGCAGCAAAAGCAUCUGAGGCGGAGGAUAACGCAAGGAUAAUUCGCCAUCUCUUUGCCCCCGAAAUGGAUUUCCUAUGGAUAAACCCUGCCAGAUCAAUGACAUGGCGACCAUUGGUGACAUAUCAUCGAUGAUCAUCUCACCGCCGACGUCUUCCAUUUCGAACGAUCAAGAUCCGUUUGGACAGCUGCCACCGCUACCACCGCCACUGCGUUCCACCCAAGUGCUGCAGCCAUUGAGCGUAUUUCCAGUGUCCAAUUUGAGCGAAGAUUCCUACGAUUAUGUGUUUGGUGGUCGACGUAAGAAUCCGCCCUCAACAACGUCACAACAACUCAAGCUGACAUCACCGCCAGUGCGAUUGCGACCAGAAGACGCCUAUCGUGGUGGUGCAGAGAAUAUACAAAACAACGGCCGUUUCUAUCGUCAUUCGUUUAGCUAUGCCCCCAAGCGGCAGCGCCACACCUCCUCCUCGAGUCGGGAUGAUCGUGAUCGUGAAUCGAGAUUGAGAUGUCAUGGAGAGGACGAGGCCACAUUGCGCCAAUUGCUGCUCGAAUUUGUGUUCAUUUAA